UUCUCGAGUUUGCCUUCCUUGAGUUGGAUUCGAAAGGUAAUUCUGGUGAAUCAAUCGAAAAAGUCUCUGUAGCGCUUUGUCUCUGUAUUGAGAUUUCACAAAAGUCCUCUCCCUUGGAUUUAAGAUUCAAGAAUACUUGGUCAGACGAAUAUGGCUUCCUCUCUUUUAUCAUCAUCCAUCCAACAGAAGUGCGAUGUCUUUGUGAGUUUCAAAAAGUCUGACACGGGCAAAUGUUUUGUAAGCCAUCUUUACCGUUCCUUAGACCGAAAGGGCAUCACAACUUUCAAGGAGGAACUCAAGGACCAGCCUUUUCAGUUGCUUCAGGAUAUCGGAUACCCAAAAAUUGCCCUCGUUGUGGUGUCGGAGAACUACAUCUCCUCGUUCUGGUGCAUGAGCCAGCUCACUGAGCUUUUAAAGUUUAUGAAGGAAGGCUCCCUCAGUGUCAUACCAAUCUUCUAUGAAAUUGAUCCUUCCGGUUUACAUUCGAUAACAGGGACGACGCGGUUGACGUGGAGUAGGGUACUGACCUUGCUGGCCAGCUUACCCGGGGAACACACGGACAAUUGGGACGAUGAUGCCGGUCUGAUAGACAAAGUAACGGACGAUGUAUGCAAGAAGCUGACUACUUCCACAACACCAAGUGAUUACAGUGACCUUUUUGGGAUGGAUUGUCACAUGAAAGCUUUAUAUGAAAUGUUGGAUAUAGGAUUUCACAGCCAGGAUGUCGAAAAAAUGGUCGGGAUAAGUGGGGUAAGAGGCGUUGGCAAAACAACCCUUGCGAGAUACGCGUAUGAAAAGGUAUCACACAAUUUCUAUGAACAUGUUUUUUUAGAGAAUGUAUACAAGAUUUAUCAGGAACGCAGCCCAUCACGAUUACAAGAAGAGUUUCUCUCAAAACUUGUCCUCCAAAGCAAAGCUCAAGCAAUAAAGAACUCCAAAGAUGGAUCGGAUCAUGCAGUAAAAUCAAGGCUUGUACAUAGAAAAGUUCUGUUUAUAGCCGAUGGUGUGGAUACGAUGGAACAAGUCGAGGACGUGUGGAAGGUCGCUAGCUGGUUAGGUCAAGGAAGUAGAGUUAUCAUAACCACUCAAGAUUCUAGUUUGUUUGUGGCUAAAGGGUUGGAAAACGUUUAUGAAGUGAAGCGUCUGCGAUAUGAUGAAGCUCUCCAAUUCUUUUAUCAGUUUGCUUUUAAGCAGCAACCUCCUCACAAUCGUUUCAAACAGCUUUCAGUUCGGGCUACCAAGGUAGCUGGUUGCCUUCCAUUGUCCCUCAAGAUACUUGGUUCCUUUCUCAAUGGCAAGAGUGUAAAAGAUUGGGAAAUUGCAUUGCAGAGGCUUGAAGCAAAAGUACAAGAUGAAGAAGAUACGAUAUCGAACGUAGUGGAAAGAAGCGACGAGCCUAGGAGAUGGUCAAGAUUAUAUACUCUCCCUCCCGGGGAUUCUUGGGAUGCAAGUAAGAAGAAGAAGCAGCGACAACAGAGCAAGGAUGACCUUGAUUUAUUCUUCAGCUCAGAUCCUCCAAUGCCACGGCCACCACCUCCACCUCCUUCUUUUGAGAGAGAGAGGCUCUUCUCGUACAACAAAAUUAAAAUCGAGAGAGGCUAUUCAACAAAUCCAUGGCCUCCACCUAAACAGAGCUUUGUUGAUGACACACACGCAUUUCCUAUAGCUCCGCUGGAAUUACUACCAGCAUCAUUGCCUCUAGCUAAGGAUCGCAAAGCUCCACAAGAAUUACGCGCACCGAUUGGUGAAGCUCCGGUGACUCCACGGACAUCUAAACCAACUUUCCUAUCUAAAAUAGCUCGAUUCCUAGGCACUGGAAGCAAAUCACCAGUGAUAUCAAUCCCUACGCCGCCUGGAGAUUACGUCAGGAUGGCUAGUGACAUCAGUAUAAGCUCCGACGAACCCGAUGAUCCGGAUGUAGCUCAAUCAGGCGAAGGUAAGUCCACCGACGGGAGCCUGUUCUGUCCGAUCCCCGACAUAGAUACCAGAACUGAUGAUUUCAUCGCGAGAUUCAGAGCUAAACUCGAACUGGACAAAGAUGAACUACGGGAAUAGAGGGAUAUCCAAAUUCAGGAUCCGAACCGGGACCUGAUGAAUCCGGAUCUUUAAUCUACAUAUGAUCUAUAUAGAUUCUUUCUGACAUGUUGUUUAUACUUAAUUAUAGAUUCUUGUAUUGAGCCACCACUUUAUUUUUCAAACG